AUGUUGCUGUGGUUCAGUUGUCAAAAUUAUGGAAUGAAUGUUGGUGGCCGCUGUGUCUGUGCACCUGGUUACUAUUCCAAAUACUGCGAGAGUAGAGGCUUCCGACCCGCUGUGGAAUAUGACAUCGACUUGAGUUCCCGAUCUCUGGUGAUGAUAUUUUCUCUGCGCAGUUCGAUGUACGAUGAUUUUCAAAGUUUCAAAGCAAACCUACCUAAUAUGACAGCUGGAAUAGCUGGUCCUGAGAAUUCUAUCAGCAGCUAUGUCUUCUGGGGAUUUAUCUUUACAGAGGACGGCGUGAUGACAUACUACGUCGGAUACGGUACUCAAUUGAAGCAAUAUGAGUACGAUAUUUGA